CAUAUCUGUGAUCUCGCGACCUCCAUCCAUUGGGAGAGCUCUCGCCUGAAAAGGGAAGAAAAUAAAAGCACGGGUGCUCCUGCUAAUCGUGUUAGUUAUGAAACCAAAGCCCAAAUAUCAAUUUUGGCAUGCGUGAUAGGAUCGACGGUGUUCCCACUGCAUGCCGACUUCCCGUUUGGAUUGGAACAACAGUUCGUUUUCAGAUCCCGGACGCUAUUUUGUAACUCCAGUUGAAGAAGCUAAACCCGGGAGGGGAUUUCAUUAGCUAGCUAACGUGGCUAAGCCAGCUAGCAUCACCGGAGCACUGGGCGAACUUCGUCUGGAGAAGCCGCGGCUGCUGCACCCGGGAGAGCAGCCUGUUUGGCAGACAAAAAUCUACUUUUUUCAUUGUUUGUAUCAUUCAGAUGGGCGUAUGUCGAUGCCUGAUGGACACCGUGGCUCCGGUGCGUGAGGCUGAUCCCUGGGUGCAUGUGUUGUUUCUGUGGCUUUAUCCCAGUGAUCUGGUCUCUCCUGUGAGCUGUGAUAGCUCGUGAUUAGCCACCUCUUCCGACCUGGCUUUGUGGGUGCAGGCCGUGAUGCUGAGGUCGCCGCUGGCUUGAUGGCAGCGGAUCAUUCCUCGGGAAGCAUUGAUUUGAAUGAAACGAAACAAUCAACAAGAGCGUUCUGUUUAGAUCCGUCUUCAUGAUACACAGUUUAACGCGACAAUCGUGCAAAGGAACAAUUCGGAGGAGAAUACGGGGAUUUCGUGGUUAUAAGGAUAUCGAGGGGAAUUGCAUCCUCCAUAGACUGCGGAGUGGAAUACAAUGUCUACCGCAAAAGAAAACCCCUGUAGGAAAUUCCAGGCGAACAUCUUCAACAAGAGUAAAUGUCAGAACUGCUUCAAACCUCGGGAGUUGCAUCUCCUAACGGACCAGGAUUUGACGCAGGCUAAACCCAUUUAUGGGGGAUGGCUUUGCUUGGCCCCAGAAGGAACUGACUUUGACAAUCCUAUGCAGAGAUCCAGGAAAUGGCAGAGGAGAUUCUUUGUGCUGUACGAACAUGGCUGCCUGCGCUUCGCCCUCGACGAAUCGCGCAGCACCCUGCCCCAGGGGACGGUCAACAUGAACCUGUGCACGGACGUGAUCGACGCCGAGCCCAAGACGGGCCAGAAGAACGCGCUGUGCAUCAUCACCCCCGAGCAGGAGUACUUCAUCAGGGGGGAGAACAAGGAGAUCAUCAAUGGGUGGAGUGAACAGCUGGUGGUGUACCCAAAGACCAACAAGCAGAACCAGAAGAAGAAGCGCAAGGUGGAGCCCGCGACCACCCUGGAGCCGGGACCAGCCAAGGUGGCCGUGACGGGCUCCGGGAUCCCCGAGGCGGACCCGGGCCCCGACUCCAGCUCCAUCAUCUGGCAGGAGGAGCUGAGCCAGAGAGAGGUGGAAGGGGCCUCCGUGUGGUCCGCUGCCGACCUCUCGCCACUGGGGGCCCUACCGUCCCCUGCAGGAGACGUCAGCUCGGACGCCGGCUCGCUGAACGGCGACGAGGUGGACCGCGCCGCCGCCGCCCCGCAGACGUGCUCGGCGGCGGCGGCGGGGCCGGGCGGGGACCUGCUCUCCCCCACGGGCUCCUGCUCCAGCCUGGGGGGGGUGCCCCGCUGCCUGUCCCCGGUGGCCAGCGACCCCUUCCCCUCGGGCAGCUCCCUGCUGUCCAACGGCUCGCACAUCAGCGGCUCCCUCAGCUCCCUGGACUCGGACGCCAGCGGCAGCACCGUCACCAGCAACGACAGCCACCCGGCCGCCCAGCGCGGCGCCUACCCCCACGCCGGCCUCCACCACGACACGCCCCGCGCCCGCCGCCUGGAGGCCGAGGCCCGCAAGGCGGAGAAGAGGAGCCGCGUGAGGAGCCCCGAGCGCCACCAGAGGCCGUCGGUCCUCAGCCCGGAGAGUCGCUCUGGCGUGAUCGAGAAGCUGGAGGCCCUGGAGCUGGAGAACGCAGAGAAGAUGGAGGUGGAGGAGACGGAGGUCGGGCAGAGCGCGGCGAGGCAGGGCCGCCACGAGAACAGACGCUUCCACAGACAGGACCAGGACCUGGACUUCCCCUCCACGCGACCCCCUCUGAGGAGAGCCAAGUCCCUGGAUCGCAGAACGACAGAGUCGGUCAUGACGCCGGAUCUGCUGAACUUCAAGAAGGGCUGGAUGGUGAAGCUGGAGGAGCCCGGCCAGUGCAAGAAAUAUUGGUUCGUGUUGACGGACCACAGUCUGCGCUACUACAAGGACUCGAUCGCUGAAGAGGCUUCAGACCUGGACGGGGAGAUCGAGCUGGCUACCUGCUACAACGUCACCGAAUACCAGGCUCAACGAAACUAUGGUUUUCAAAUACACACCCUGGAGGGAGUGCACACCCUGUCCGCCAUGACCGCAGGGAUCCGAAGGAACUGGAUACAGGCCGUCAUGAAGAACGUCCGUCCCUCCCCAGCCCCCGACGUAGCAAGCUCGACAGAAGAUCACGGCGCCUUCACCCCGCUGGACGGCCUGGUCCGCCCCGACGUGACCCAGGACUCGCCCUCCUCCGAGGCCUCAUCCGUGGAGCGCGAGGCCGCCCCGGGCCACAAGAAGAGCCGGGCGGCGGAGCGCCGGCGGGAGGGCCGCUCCAAGACCUUCGACUGGGCCGAGUUCCGACCCAUCGCCCAGGCUCUGGCCCAGCAGCGGGCCCAGGAGGCCGAGGGCCUCUCGGCGGACAUGGCCGACGUCGAGAGGAGCCGGCGGCGGGAGGAGAGGAGGAAGAGGUACGACGCGGCCGCCGCCCCCCCGGAGGCCGCCCCCUCGGGGGGCGAGGGGGGGAGGAUGGACUGUGAGGGCGGGGCGGGGGCGGCGGUGCACGCGGAGGUGGCCGCCGUGGCCGCCGCCGCCGCGCCGGCGGAGAGGAAGCAGAGGGUGGAGGAGGUGAUCGAGCAGCACUGGCAGCAGGUGGAGCAGACGCCGCUGCGGGAGGAGAAGAGGGUGCCUCUCCCCGUGGCGCUGCAGCCCCGGGACACGGCGGAGCUGGAGAGACUGCUGGAGAGCUACAAGAGAGGGGUGGACGACCUGAAGACCCAGCUGGAGGGAUGCCACCAGCAGCUGGUGGACUCCAGCCAGCACAAGCAGGAGCUGGAGGUCCAGCUCCGAACGGCCCUGGAGAGGGAGCACGACGUCCGCAGCGGCUACAUCUCCCCGCUGGAGCACCCUAUGGGUAUGGAGGCUGAUCUGGCACCCCAGAUGAAGAGGGCCGAGCUGGUUAGUUCUCAAGCGCAGAGCUUGACAAAGAAGUACCAGGAAACCAAGGAGCUUUUGCAGCUGCAGGAGCUGAAAAAGCGCAAUAUGCAAGCCCAGCUCGGCCUCUCACUUUCCCACCUCACGCACACGGACCCCUGCCCCCCUGACGCUCCCUUAGAAGGUCCACUCCCAGAACCCGUUCAGAAGACCGUUAGCUUCUUGCUGUCGGACAGCGCGGACGGUAUUCAGGAGCUGGAGGAUCUGAUGACCGGUACGCCCAUGAGUCUUCAGGGGCUGCUGAGACUGUUGCAAUGCCACAGCUGUAGUCAGGUGCUAGGUGAGCAGGGUCAUUACCAGAAGCUGCUGGGGCGGUGGAAACAUCAGCAAGACGUGGAGAAUGAAACCAUUAGGAAAAGCCUCGUGAGGGCAGGGGAGAGCAUCCGUGACUACGAAUCCCGUCUCCUGACCAUGGAGGACAUGGUCGGAAAGGCUCAGAGGCAGAAGUCCGAAGGCCCGGGCGGCAGCUCCUACGGGCCCUCGCUCAAAACGGAAACCAUUCACUCAAAUGAAACCACGAACGACGUGGCUAUAGGGAUGCUGGCCCAGAGGGUGGACCUGCUCACCGGUGAGAACGGGGCGCUGAACCAGAGGUACCAGGAGAUAGUCAACCAGCUGACGGAGGCCGACCGGGAGAUAGACAGGCUGAAGGCGGAGCUGUUGGCGCUGCAGGGCAGCAAGCAGCACCGCCUCGUCACGGAGGAGCUGGGCAGGGUGAAGGCCGAGCUGGCGGAGAACCAGGCGAGCGCCAUCGACCGGGAGUACUACGAGCGGGAGCUGAACGAGCGGGCCCUGAGGCUCCACGAGGCCCUGGGGACCCUAGAGGAGCUGGGGAACACCCUGAGGGACACGGAGAGGAGGCUGCAGUUGAGGGAGGCCACCCUGAAGGGGCUGGGCUUCCAGGAGGACGAGGACGAGGACGAGAUGCGGUUGAACACGGAGCGACUCAAAGAGCUGCUAGAGGCCUCGGAGGCAAAGCUGUACGAGAAGGAAGCGGCCGUUAAGUCGACGGAGCGACGGUGCGUCGAGUUAGAGGCGCAGAAGAGUGAGCUGAUGAUUCAAAAGGAGGAAAGUGAGAGAAUUGUUAUGCAAAAGCUGGCAGAAGCGGGAGCUGAGAUAAGGAGGCUACAAGAGAGGGUAGGAGUGGAGAUGAAGGCAGGUAGGGGUGAACCGACAAUGCAUGUAAGCAAAGAGGCAAUUCAGACAUGUGAAACGCAAGUUGUUGAAGCAGGACUUCUAAAGCAGGUGGUAAACGAUAUUGGGAUGAAAUCCGAGGCCGUCAGCGCAGUCGUGGAGAUGUUUGGACACGUUGAUGUGAAAGUUGAGAAAAUGUUCGGUGAUUUAAAAAGCACUUUACUUGUCACGGACUCCCUUUGCUCUUCCCAAGAAGAGACGAGCACGGUCAAUCAGAAACACAUGAAAAGGCUGGUGUUGGAGGCAGAGUUCUGGACUCUGUUGCUGACUAUCAAAGAAAGUGGUAAAGGCACAACGCCAGACUUUGGCAGGCACGUUGCAGUACGUAUGUUGGCAGAGAAGAGCUUGCUGUUUUUGACUUGUAGGCUUUGCCCACCAGCAAAUGAGGACGGGAAUAGUGUUAUUCCCGUGACUGAGGCUGACUUUUCGGCCAUGUUCACCUGGCUUGACGAGAAAACAAACGCUCUCAUUUUGAAGGAAUUAAGGCAAACGUUGGAAGAGAAGGCAUAUCUCUUGAAGCAAAUGAUCACAAGCAUAGAUUUGUCAAAAGAUGACCAGCUCCGUUCGCUGGCUUUUAAGACCUUCAACUCGGCCGGCCAGCAGAAGCCUCCAUCAGAGUACCUUCUCGACGCCCUUAAAGAUGCUUACAUGUUGUAUGUCACCAUUAGGAUUAAACUAGAAAAUGAGAGGGAGCUAAUGCACAAGCAGGCCGAGCUGCAAACCGGUAGCGUAGGCUGCUGUAAUUGUCCUAAACUGAGAGACAUCAAUCGGGAUCUGAGUUCCAAGCUGACCGACCUUCAGAGUCACCUGUCCGAAGCGAUUUUAAUGACCGCCGGUGGGCCUCCCGCUCGCAUUCAGAUCGACGGAGAGCCGAUCGCCUCGCUGGACAAAACCACCGAGCUCCAGGACACGAUCGCCAGGCACCAGAAGGAGCUGCGGGAGGUCAAAGACGUUUACGAGCAGGAAGCCGAAGCGCUGAGAAAGGAAGUGGUCAAAGCCAGCGAGGCGCUUCGCCUCCUCUCCGAGGAGAACGUCCAGGAGAUCGACUCCCUGACCGAGUGCAUGGCGAACAUGAAGAAGAAGCACGACGCCGAGAGGAGCGCCCUGCUGGAGCGGUUCCAGGGGGAGAUGGAGGAGCUGAGCUGCGUGGUGACCCCGCUCAGCCCGGCGCCGGGGGCGGCCGGCGGCUCCGGGGAGGAGACGCCGACACCGUCGCCGUCGGGCCAGGCCCUCCCCCAGACGCUGAACCUCAAGGAGCGCAUCCAAGAGCUGGUGACGCAAGUGACCGCCAUGACCGGGGAGAUGAGGCGACGCGAGCAGCAGGGCGACGCGACGGCCCUCCGGAGGAAAUACGACAAAGACCUGGAACACCUGAAGGCCACGUGCGAGCGGGGCUUCGCCGCCAUGGAGGACUCCCACCAGCGGGUGGUGGACGAGCUGCAGCGGAAGCACCAGAGGGAGCUGGAGAACCUCCAGGAGGAGAAGGACCGCCUGCUGGCCGAGGAGACGGCCGCCACCAUCGCCGCAAUAGAAGCCAUGAGGAAUGCCCAUCGCUCGGAGCUGGAGAAGGAGCUGGAGAAGGCCCGCAAGACCAACAACCACGCAGAGAACGCAGACCUGGACGAGAUCCAUAGACAACAUGAGGAGGAGCUGUGCUCCUUCCAGCGGGAGAUCGAGGUGCUGUCGGAGCAGUACUCCCAGAAGUGCCUGGAGAACGCCCACCUGGCCCAGGCGCUGGAGGCCGAGAGGCAGGCCCUGCGGCAGUGUCAGAGGGAGAACCAGGAGCUCAACGCUCACAACCAGGAGCUGAACAACCGUCUGGCUGCAGAGAUCACCAAGAUGCGCUCCAUGGCCAGCGAGGACGGGGACUCGGGCGUCGGGAUGCAGGGGAAAGAGCUCUACGAGCUGGAGGUCAUGCUGCGGGUGAAGGAGUCCGAGGUCCAGUACCUGAAGCAGGAGAUCAACUCCCUCAAGGAUGAACUUCAGGCCGCCCAAAGAGAUAAGAAGUACGCCACGGACAAGUACAAGGACAUCUACACGGAGCUGAGCAUCGUCAAGGCCAAGGCGGAGCGGGACCUGGGGCGCCUCCGGGACCAGCUGCAGCUGGCCCACGAGGCCCUGGGCGGGCCCUCUCUGGAGGAGGUGGAGCGGGGUGGAUACGACAUCAUGAAGUCCAAAAGCAAUCCUGACAUCCUUAAAAUGGCAGCCGCAGCGGCAAAGCGCUCAGAACGCACCUUGAGGUCAAAGUCCGUGAAACGGGACAUGCCCUGGGACAGUUAGGGCCAGAGGGAGGGGUGACUCCUAGGCAACCCCGCCCCUUUCCUUUUAGAGUUUAAAGGAAGGGCUGACGGCGGAACAGAGGCUACACCUGUUUGACAACAAGGACACCAAGGAGUUCUGACAGUGCCCGGCUCCACCUCGCUGCAUGCGGCCCAGAGGCUACCCUGGUGGCCUUUUAGCUCUGUGAUUAUUAGAGAACACUACACACUGGUCACAAAAAAAUAAAACGAUGUCUUAUUAAAUAUUGUAUUCUAGACAACUCAUGGUAUGAAGUUUGAAUUUUAUGUCUAUAGAGUCUGCAUUCCAUGCACUUCAGUAACUGUGACUUUUCGUUUCACUUUUCCUUUUGGGCCAUACUGUAAAUAUAGUUUGUGCUGUUUUUAAUCCAGCGUCUAUAAUGCGUACACUAAAACCAUAACUGUGUAAGCUACUGCGUAGACUGUUGCCGGCCAGGGGACCUGGCCCAUUGUGGCUAUAAACGCAACACACACUACUACACUAUUGACGAUGGAGUAAUACUCGUGACUAAACGUAGACGGUUGGUCGGAAUGCACAUAUUGAAGCUCUCCCAGACCGCUGCCAUCACAGCACAUACGCAGGAUCCUGCUGGUUUAAAAAAACAGGCUAUGAACUCUUAAAAACGCUCACCUGGAAUAUUAUACAGGUUUUAAAGAUUUUCCACUUUGGAGGUUCCUUCAUCGUCUGAAUGGUUGGAUUCUAAGCGGUGAAUAACAACGUUGCAGACUUCAACUUAAUUUUUUUUAGGUCCAUGGUCGAUGGAAAGGUGACUGCGUAGUCUGUAGCGAUGGGAUUGAUUUAUGAUAUGAAUAUAUAUAAAGAUUUAUACCCCCCACCCCCCCACCCCUUCGCGCUGUGGCAGUCCCUUUGUAUUUAUUUAAAUGUUUUCAUUUUUUUUUGCCUCACAUUCCCAGUCCAAUGUACUCUAUUGUAAAUAUACAGCAAAUGUACACCCACUUGUUUAUUAGCAAUAAAUAUUUUUGCACCCUGA